AUGGCAGUCCCCGGAACAAAGUUAGAUCCUCAGCUUUUACAGUCCACUCGGAAACUCCUGUGGGGAAAUGGAGUCAAAGAAGAAGUCUUCGCCCGAUGGUCACAGGGUUUUGUGUUUAGUGAACAUGAGGCAACUGCCCUUAUCCAACAUGAAGGAGGUCCUUGUGCUGUAAUUGCCCCGGUGCAGGCUUUCCUCUUGAAGCAUGCCUUAUUUUGCUCGGAGGAAGCUAGUGAGAAUUUGGAUGUCUCUGAGGAGCUUGCAAUAUCAUUUCUAAUUCAUGGUCUUAUUGAGAUGCUACUGCAGUUAUCAACAGAGCGUUAUAUUAUUGUGACUUUAGAUAAGGGCUUUCGUACAGCAGCCAUUUCAGACAGCAAUGGAUCCACAGGCAGUGUUGAGUCAGAGGCUGGAAGCACGAACCCUAAACGAGCCAGAAUGGACAAGGAAAACUUUCAUUCCUAUUUAAGGUGUCAUGAAUGUGCUGACGCAGAACAGCUAAAGGCUUGUGUGAAAGAAAAGAUUUCCUCAUUCACUUCUGACUAUGGAGUCUUACUUUUCCUCUACUCAGUUGUCUUGUCUAAGGGGAUUGAACAGAUAAAAAAUGAAGUGGAAGAUCCUAAUGAGGCCCUCAUUGAUGGAACCUAUGGACAUGGCAGCCAAUCUCUUAUCAAUCUGUUACUGACUGGCAGAGCUGUCUCCAAUGUCUGGGACAAUGACAAAGAAAUCUCUGGACUUAAAAUGCGGGGUAUCCAGAAACAAUCAUAUAUUGGAUUCUUAACUUUACUUGAACAUUUACGUUAUUGUGAGGUUGGCUGGUUUCUAAAGAAUCCAAAAUGUCCCAUUUGGUUAUUGGCAAGUGAAACUCAUCUCACAGUUCUUUUCUCAAAGGAAAAAGGUAUUGUGUUUCCAGCAACACAAGAAGUGACUGCAAAACAAAUAUUUCAAAGGUUUGACCAUGAAGGAAAUGGUUUCAUUUCUACAUCCUCCUUGGCUGAACUGCUACAAGAACUCGAUCUAGGAACAGAAAAGGAAUAUGUCGAUGUCGUUCGUAACAAGUUGGACUCUGAAAAUCUUGGAAUUAUAACGCUGAGCAGCUUCAUGCAAGAAUUCUAUCCUGAUGAAGGUAGCCAGGGAUGUCCAAAUCAUUUCAUAGUGUUCCAUUACAACGGACUGUCUCGGUCGUGUCCACACAGUAAAGUGUGUUUCCAGGAAGGCACCAUCACACUAUUGGUUCAGGAAGAGUAUGACAUGCAGAUCAUGGUGGAAAAGACAAUAGUUAUCUUUUCUUUCUCUCUCUCUCUCUCUCUUCAUAUCUAUCUAUCUAUCUAUCUAUCUAUCUAUCUAUCUAUCUAUCUAUCUAUCUAUCUGUUUCUUUAUAUCUAUCAGUUUCUUUAUAUCUAUCUAUAUAUCUAUCAGUUUCUUUAUAUCUAUCAAUCUAUCUAUCAGUUUUCUUUAUAUCUAUCUAUCUAUCUAUCUAUCUAUCUAUCUAUCUAUCUAUCAUUUCUUUAUAUCUAUCUAUCAGUUUCUUUAUAUCUAUCAGUUUCUUUAUAUCUAUCUAUUUAUCUAUCUAUCUAUCAGUUUCUUUAUAUCUAUAUAUCUAUGUUUCUUUAUAUCUAUCUAUCUAUUAGUUUCUUUAUAUCUAUCUAUCUAUGUUUCUUUAUAUCUAUCUAUCUAUCUAUUAGUUUCUUUAUAUCUAUCUAUCAGUUUCUUUAUAUCUAUCUAUGUAUCUAUCUAUCAGUUUCUUUAUAUCUAUCUAUCUAUCUAUCUAUCUAUUAUAAACUUAAUUUAUAA